CCAGUCAUAAACACGAAGAUCAUCGCUCUAAAUGACGUCAUUACGUUCUUUCAAUAUCGAAUGAUCGUAUUUUGAAAGACAAAAUAUUCUGAAUGCCGAACUAAUAACUUCUGCAAGAAAAUGCCACUUCGAACGAACUUCAGUCGAUUCAAGGAGCCUCGUGGGUUUAUAAAAGUUAUACAAUUUGUAAGUAUUGUUAAAAUGCGUGCAAGAAACGGCAGAUCAAAAAUUAACAGGCGAUGUUUGAGCGCCAUUUUCGCAUUUUGUAUAUGCAGUAUGUACAUAGUGACUUGUAAUUACGAAACAGCCGACACGCCUAUGUUGAAAUAAACACUGUCCCCUUUGAAUUUUGACCCCCGAUAUAGUGUACCAGUGUCCUGUAGUAUUUCUGGAAUUAAUUUUGUAGAGCUGUUAUGAUUUUUAUAUUUUUCUUGUCUUUAGAAACUAGUAAAAUUUAAUUAAAAAUUAUAUGGGGGAAAUUCAGAAAUAAUUUGUAGUUUAUAUGAUGUAUCAUAAAUAUUUUAUAUAGUAUAUGCUGAAAAAUUGUAAUUAAAAUUAUUUUGUAUGCUUUAAAUUGCAGUUCUUUGCUGGGGAAAAAAGAUUUUCUCAUAACUUAGUGUUCUCAUAGUUUCUCAGUUGUUGUGAAUACAAUAUUAGCAGUGAUAUAUUAGGCUAUGAGAAUUUGCAAAGAGUGCCCACUUACAUAAGAGCCCCCUUGUAUUUAUAGUCGAAAAUCCUCUUUGAAACUCAUUAAAAUUUGAGAUAUAAUCUUAAACAGUUUGUGUCAGUGUAGUGACUGCAGAUUGAGAAUGAUUAUAAACCUAAUGUUAGGUGCGCCUGCAUGAUGGGAUAUCAGGAGCCGCAUGAAAUUUUUAUUAUUUGAUUAUAUUUCAUUAUUUGUCUUAUUUGUAUGCAAAGUGCUUUAUAAAUUUGUUUUUUCUAUUGAAGUUUUGCAAGAAUACUGUCUGUAUUUAUACUUUCGAAACAUAGCUUACGACUGACUAUAGUGCAUGUUUGCUAAAUGCACAAGAAUCUAUUGCUGAAGUUGAAUCGAAAUAUACAGUUUUUAAAAUAGAUGUGUUGUUAAAAUGCAUAUUUCUUUUGGAAUAACAUUAUUUACAAUAUCAAAUUACAAGGUGAUGAGGUAAGGGGUAUGCAGAGGGGGGGGGGUUAAGGAGAGACGUCAGAGGAGUGAGAGAGGAAUGGAGCUACCUUGCUGAUUUAAAGUAGGUUUGAGCUUUGAGAUGAGAAGACUUUCACGGACGAGAAGUUCAUCUGGAGAGGAACAUGAUGAUAGGAUCUUAAAAUCAUCAAGAGAAGCAGUAUGACCUGAGUGGCUCAGAUGUGAAAAGACGCUCGUCAGUUGAGGACUGCUACUCGUCUUACCAGUUAAGGCGGAAAUACCCAGGUGUUCAGAGACUCGUGUAUGUAGAUGGCGGAAUCUAUUGCUGAAGAUGAAUCAAAAUUGAUUCGAAAUAUACAGUUUUUAAAAUAGAUGUGUUGUUAAAAUGCAUAUUUCUUUUGGAAUAACAUUAGUUUCAUACAUGCCGAAACUAUCGGUCGGCAAAGGAUUUGAGAAUGAUUAUAACUAUACCUGAAAACUACAAGCAGAAAUAACUUCAUGACGAAAGACCUUUGCUCGAAAAAUUGUUUCACUUAGUUGUUUUGAGAUAUAUUUUUACAUUUGCUGGCUGCAAGUAUAUCUCACAUGCACAUGAAAUGCGGGGCUGGAUUAAAAGGUGCCUGAGAUACAAGUUGUUACUCCUCCACCUCCCAUCAACACUCCACCAAAACCAUCUUUCUCCACAAAAUAAGUAACCAUGAGUAUUCAGAGAGUGUGCCCUUGAGCAAAUCCUAUCUUCCUCUCAGUGUACAGUACAUAUUGAAAGUAGAUCCCUAUGAUGUUUCAUAAUUAAGUUUGCUAUUUAAUUAGGUGCUUGUUUAUCCAAACUAUAGAUAUCAGAGUUCCUUUAAGGCAGUGUAUUUAUGGAGGAACAUCAAGUCUUAUAAUAUUAUGAUUGAUAGAUCAUAGAAUAAUCCAAUGGACCUUUCCCCUUAUAACUAAAAUUUUGAUCUAGAUAAAAAUUUUAUCACAGCUUGAAAGAGCAUCACAAAAUUAGUAAUUAAAUAUUCCAAAGUUUUGUUGCAAAAUGUUGUAAAAUGCGGAUAAUAUAGCCUCAUUUUGUAUUACGCAUGGGAAAUUGACAGCGCAAUCGGGUGUUGGGGCGUCAAUUUCCUGUUUUAAUACAAAAUGACUGAAAAUUGCAAAUUUUGCAGGGCUAUAUUAUCCGCAUUUUACAACAUUUUGCAACGAAACUUCGGAAUAUUACUAAUUUUGUGAUGCUCUUUCAAGCUGUGAUGAAAUUUUUGUAUAGACUUGUCUAGAUCAAAAUUUUAGUUAUAUGGGGAAAUUUAAGGUCCAUUAGUUGCUUGUAUAAGCAUUGUCUUGUUUAACUUUAAAUAGUCUCUCUGUCACAUGAAAAUGCAUGCGAUUCCCCAUUUUGAAUGGCAAUAUGUGCCUUGGUCAAAUACCUUGAUUUUCCCAAAGAAUUAGUAGUUUUGGUUGUAAGACUUUUUCUGUUGUUAAUUUACUUUGCCUUAAGACCCAUCUACACGAUACGACUAGUCUUAUACGAUUCUUAUCCUUGCGUAUGUAUUUGAAUAAAUGCAUGUAAAGAUGUCAAAUUUCAAAGUUUGCCUUAAACUGAUGAACAGGAAUAAUUCGUUUUCAUAUGCCAGGAUAAGAAUCGUAUAUGACUAGUGUCAUGUAGAUGGGCCUUUAUAGGUGACUUCAAAUGGAAUUUCUUACUUUUCUUACAAAUUUUCGUAGGCAGGUGGUCUAUUAUAAUUAUUCAUCAUCACAAUCACAUACGAAAGAUUCAUGCUGUAAAUUUGGCAUUGUCUGAAUUCCAAUGUAAAGAUUUCUUGCAACAUCCAUUUCAAUACACAUUCACAUAAACAGUCAUUAGCAUUUAGGAACAUAUAUAUAUCACAUUUGCAUUCCUGUAUGAAAAAUUCAAAUAUUAUGAAAUUUGGGCAAAUUUCCAAUUGGAAUGAGUUUUUCUCUCCAGUGGAUUCCAAUAGGAAAAUUUAAAUUCCUGUUGGAAUUACAAUCGGAAUUUGGGCAAGUUUCCAAUACGAAGAACGAAAUUCAUUACCAUAGUUAUAAAGAGCAUUUUAAAAUGAGUAAAAUUGCAAAGUUUGGUUGCAAAUUGUUGUAAAAUGAGGAAAAUAUAGCUCUAUGAAAUUCGCAAUUUUGUAUAUAUUUACAUUACGUGCGGGAAUAAUAACCAUUUUUGAGCCGAAAGUGGUUAUUUUUACCACACAUAAUACAAAUACAUAUAAGAUUUGCGAACUUUACAAAACACAGCCAAAUGCUAGAAACCUGGUUGAUGAUGUAAACUAAAUUCUCAAUUCCAUAUAGAUGGUGACGUCAUGUUGUCAUGGUAACAUUGACGGUGGUAACAGAGAUUGUGGGUUAAAAUUACUUUUUUAUAUAAGAGGAACAAUGGCUUGUGCAAAAAAUUUGGGGUUUUUUAGAUUCAAAUAGCUUUUAGUUUAAAACACUGAUAUAUAUUGGAAACUGUAGGGAGCAUGCAAGUUGCGUCGUCAUGCGCCCUGCUUUAUUAUUUUACUCUGUCUAACCUCAAAAAAAACUUUUCCUUGUCAAGGGAGAGUAACUGUGACUCAAUGGGUUAAGGGUGAUGAAUAAUGUAGUAUGGUAUGUACAUGAACUUUAUUAUUUUAUUUUAGGUUAUUGCAAUAUUUGCAUUUUCAACAACAGCUGGCUAUAACAGUGAGUACACAGUUAGCCUACCAUGUCAGCCUAGUACAAGUGGACCAAAUCAACAUAUCACAGUAACGUUUAGGUAUUCGUUUAGCGUUAUUGAUAUAAACACCAAAUGUCCGAGUUUUCCUGACACUGAUGAUCUGCCUUCACGUUUGAAAAGUUCGUCAGAGUUUUUUGUCUUUGUUGGUGUCAUAAGCUUCCUCUACUGUAUCAUUGCCAUGGUUUACUACAUCUGCUUUGAGGACCCAGCCAAAUAUGGACCUGGUGGUACAGGAAGAGCUCUGAUAUCAUUCUCGACACUCGUAAGUUGUACAGUUCACUACAGUUAUACGUGAAGGGUUUUUGUAGAUGGAAGUUUUGAGCAAACAAUUAUAUAUACAGUUCUCAUAACUGGAACAUGGUUGGCUUACUUGGCUAAUUUACUCAUGCAUUGUUAAUGAUUUGAGAUAUAAUGACAAACACAAUGGGCUUCAUUGCGCAGUAGUGUCAGGGCAGCCACGUUUCACCUCUGAGCUAGCGGGUUCGAUUCUCGCUGUGGAUUCAUGUGAAAAGAGUCCGUCAACAAACUUCCGAUACCAUCCUACCUCUGCCACCACUGCAUGUAAAUGUAACGUACAUGGGCUAAUUUUUGGUUUAAAUAGAUUAGUUUGUGUUGCGUCUGUCUUGAUGCACCUUUUCGAUAAUGCAUUUUUCCAGCUAUAGACAAAUUUUGAUCCAGACGAGAAUGACGAAAUCUAUCAUAGCUUAAAGGCCUUAUGCAACGAAUUUUUCGAUGGUCAGAUUUUUGCAUUACGUUAUAAAGUUCUUUGCACUGGUUCGAAAGAUGCAAACCGUUUUCCGAAACUCCAAGUAGCUUUAUUUUUAUAAGCCUUCAAAGUCGCAAAUUUUGCAACUUUCUUUGCGAAAAAAAAAGACCUUUGGUGAUCAGUGGUGUGACGUCACAGUAAUGAGUUGUUUUCGACGGACCUUAGGCCAGAUGAUCUUGAUACGCGGAAAAGUACUGGCACUAGUUGUCAAAUAGAAAUCCAUUUUGUGAUUAAAACAACUGAAUAUCUCCUGUAAUAUACUUUAUUUCGAUUCCAUAUUUUUGUCAGAGCUAUAGUUCUCAUAACCAAAGAUAAUUACAAAAUUUCAACUAGUUUCAUAAAGAAUAACGAAAGAUAUAAUUGACUGAAUACAUCAAAAUGGAUUUCUAUUCGGACAACCCUUUCUGAGCGCUGAUUGGCUAAAAUACGAACACGAGAUCACCUGGUAUGUAAAACAUGUUAAUCCUUUGUUUACACACAGCACAACUCAUUACUGUGACGUCACAGAGCGAACCAGUUUUUCGCAAGAGGGACCCAUCUUUAAACACAAAAUUCACCAACUUUUAGUUUGAAUUUCGCAUCGAGGUUGGUAUCAAAAUGAUCAGAAAAGAUGAAAUUUUAAUAAUGUGUAAAAACCUCACCAUCGAAAAAUUCGUUGCAUAAGGCCUUUAAUUAAAAGAACAUCCUUAAAUUAGUAAAAUUACCAAAUUUGGUUGCAAAAUGUCGUAAAAUACUGAAAAUAUAGCCCUGUGAAAUUAUAAGCAAAUUUUGAUUAUUUUUGGUAUUAUACGCCCGGAAAAUGCACUACUUUCGAUCCGAGAAAAUACUCAGAAUGCUUUAGUUGAAUAUCAUGGUUAAAUAUGAAACAUGUCGAGGUUGUUAUUCAGCCAUACUUUCAACUAUAUUGUACUUCAACAAGCAAAUUGACAAUACUGUCUUACAGCAACUGUCCAGUCGCGUGACUGGUGCAUGAUAAAAAACCGAUAUAUAAACAGAAGAUAAUAUAAAACGGCGAAAUGCAGAUUGGGCAUCUCAAAAAGUGGUAAUGUUGGGAUAGUAUAACUUUUAAAAGAGUAAAUACAGAUUAUGUUAUCCCUGAAUAUUUAAGCACUAUGCUAGUAAGGAACUCAGAUAUUCAUACUAGAAAUACUCGCUUUAAUAAUACGAACAUAGUGUGCCCAAAAUACACUAGAGAGGCUGAAGGUGGGCGCACUUUCACCGUUAGAACUAUUAAAGAUUGGAACGCCCUCGAUGUUACAUUGCGCAAACAGAAAUCUAUAUCUACGUUUAAACGCAGUUUGUUUACUAAAUUUUUAACGGACCAGUAGUCCGCCAUGCGUUUAGAAAUUGCUUAGGUGGGUGGUGGGUUAUUUUAUUUGUAAACAUAGUAGUUUUAGAGUUUUUAUAAGUUUUAGUAUUGUAUUAGCUUAAUUGUAGUUAAUAUGUAAGGAGGACCACAAAUUUUAUCAGUAGUUCACACUUACUGUCAAGUGUUUACCCUCAUGAAAUAAAGUCUGCAUGAAUGAAUGAUACUGCAUUGCAGAUUGCAGAGGAGAGUGGUCAGUAAAAGGCCCCCUAAUGCACCAACCCAUGGAAAACCUGCACCCCUCCUUGCGAUGAGGCUAUAUCCACCCCUGGUCAUUUAGCUUACUAGAUAAUAUUUUUUAUUCGUGAGCAUUCAUCCCAUAAAGCAGCAGCAAAUAACUCCAAUUUACUGGAAUAAUUUUAGUUCUUAAAGUAUUCACGCUGCUAUCUUUUGUAUUCACCUAUCAACUUAGGACUUUGGUGUGACCAUACUCCUGACUUUGUUUUGGUUCUGUGCUUCGGCGGCGUGGGCAGCUGGUAUCACAAAGCUGAAAGAUGAAACAGAUGCAGAGAAAUAUUGCAAGCUAUUAGUUAAAUGCAGUGUUACAGACAAAGCUAAUUAUGCUGGUUUAAUAAUUUCUGUGGUAAGUAUAAAAUAACUAUACAUCCAGGUGAUCUCGUGUUCGUAUUUUAGCCAAUCAGCGCUCAGAAAGGGUUGUCUGAAUAGAAAUCCAUUUUGAUGUAUUCAGUCAAUUAUAUCUUUCGUUAUUCUUUAUGAAACUAGUUGAAAUUUUGUAAUUAUGUUUUGUUAUGAGAACUAUAGCUCUGACAAAAAUAUGGAAUCGAAAUAAAGUAUAUUACAGGAGAUAUUCAGUUGUUUUAAUCAUAAAAUGGAUUUCUAUUUGACAACUAGUGCCAGUACUUUUCCGCGUAUCAAGAUCACCUGGAUGUAAUAUUGACCCUCCGCUCGGAGUAUUUGGGGAAAUAUCACCCAAAAUGAUAUUUUCUGUGGGCGAAGCCCAAGGUAAAAACGUCAGUGAGCAGAAAGUCUUAUAAAUGGAAGCAAUGGAAUCCGGUGAAGCGUUGCAAAAAUUUGCACAAUUUAAUAAGUUCUUUGAAUGUUUGCAUAGCGAUAAAACACAUAAUACUUUUAUUUGCAGUAAUAAGUUGACGUGGUGUUUCCACAAACAAAAGUAUUAUUUGCACAAUUUAAUUGACAUCCGGAGCUUUUGUUAGCCAUACCAAGCAUGAUUGUUUUGUUUUGUUGAGCCAAAGCAAACUAGCACGCCACAACGGCUAAAUUAGCACGGCUCUGCCAUUCUGUAUUUGUCCUCGUGUUCAGUUCUCGAUUGUAAAAAGAAUCAAUAACACCCUUUUAUAACCGUGGUACUUGGACCUACACUGGAUACCCUGUAUUAAGCGGGCACUUGCGAAAUUCCCGAGGGUUACCGCUUUAAUAGUAUAGAUUACAGGUUCAACUGUACAUAUACUAACGGCUUAUUGACCUCGCUUGUUCGGACCGAGGUUUUUUAAAUUUCCCGCCAGAUAAACGUCAUCCGGGACACCGGUCCAGAUACGGAAAAUACGGACCACGGUCCGGAUAUGGGUUUUUACGAAUCGCUUGUCAACCAAUCAGAAUAGAGAAUUUUGAAAAGCCAUAUAAUAAUGUACAUUCUUCCAUCGGAGCUUUUCCAUGACUGAUUACAUCAAGUAUCAUGCUUACAACUAUGACAUGUUGUAUAUUUUUUACAGCUUUUUGGUUUCCUGAGCUGUUUCUUGUGGGGAGCAAACGUGUGGUUUGUGUUUAAAGAAACAAUAUGGCAUAAAGAACCUGGUGCUACCACUACAGCUGAACAACCCCAGGUUGAGAUACCUCGUCAAGAAGUACCUGGAGAACCUAUGCCUUGAAACAACUGCAGUGUGAAACUAUAAUACCUUACUUCACUUAGAAACAAACUUUAGAACUUACUUUAUUAGUGUUAUAAAUACUGUCCUCUAAUAGACAAUAUAGAGGUUCAGAUUUGACUUCCACUACCGCUACCAUUAAAGGACCAUCAACCAAUCAGAUGCGUUUGAUAUAUUCGAUUAACCAAUCAGAUGCGCUUGAUAUAUUCGAUUAACCAAUCAGAUGCGUUUGAUAUAUUCGAUAGUGGACGUCAAAUCUGAACCUGUAUACUAAGGGUGAGGGGUGGACUGGAUUCUUGAUUGAUGAUCCGCAAUGUGGACCAUAAUGCUUUACCUCUCCUCCGCAGAGGCUUUAGUUGGCUAUGAUUUUUGGCCCAGCGGCUCCGCUCGUGUUCCGAGAUCCACCAUGUAAAAUGUAGUAAAAUGUAUCUCAAUACUAAUCGUAAUCAUAGCCAACAGAAGCCUCUGCGGAGGAGAGAGAUGCUUUACUUCGCUUAGGAACAACUUUAAAGGGAGGGAACUAGGGAUGUGCCGAACAGUGGACGGUACUGGAUCAAGGGAAAAAAUGGUAACUGGAUUCCAGUUAAUGACCGGAUACCAAUGGUGGUAAUUGAACAAUAUUUCACUAUUUUCCCCAUUAUGUAGUCUAUUGUUUUAGUAUGUGCCUUAUCCCUUUCUCUAAUGUGCGUGAAUAUCUGCACAGGGAUUGCCGCGGGCAAUUCACAGCAUCGAGCAGGUUACAUCACGAAAACAGCCUUGGACAGGACAUCUGUGACACUUCCAAUUAUUUGACCAAAUACAAUCUUGCCGUUGGACACAAAAAAGGACCUCCCCCUUAACUACACCAUUCAAUGCUGAUUGCAUUCCUAGAAUACGGCUAAAGCAACUGUAAUUCCUCCAACAUUGUUUGGGGGGGGGGCGGCGGAAGUGGGUACAUUAUUCCGGGAGGAAUGUUUUUAUAGAGUCGCAAGUGGUUUUGGCCAAGUCUGUAGGUUCUAAUAUAUAAGUUCCAACACUACUGUAUCUGGUAAAAAAUAUCCGGUCAAAAUUUUGCCUGAUUAUGCAUUAUAUCGCAUGUCUAACUGCAACUAUUUUUCAAACACAGUGUGAAACUAUAUAAAUUUACUUAAUUUAGGAACAUCUUUAGAACUUUUUUUAUUUGAUGCAGGCACGUUCCAGUCGCAAAAACUGGAAGUUGGAAGAGAGGAGUGUACUCAUUUAAAACUUUUCUACGACAACCAUAGGCGUAGGAAUAUGAUAUUUAAUAAUUUGAACGUUAGUUUUAUUUUCGUGUGUAGUUUUAUUUUAUUCAAAUAAAUGGUACUGAGUCAGGUCUGGGUCAGCGUGAAUUAUAACAACUUUGCCAAAUAAGACCUUAAAAGACCCAGCGGCAGUGAAAGAUUAGCUCUGCUAAACUGGUUUCCAUUGAAUAUUGU